AUGGGUACUGGAGACAUGGAUAGGACAUCCGAAGGUCCGGAUGAGGCGUGGGAAUAUUAUUGGAUGUGGAAAGAGGAGGUCAAGGCAUGGGAAUGUGAUACCUCCCAGCCAAACCCAUAUGAACAAAGCAUAGAAAACAUCACCCUUGCUUCUGUGCAUCUCGAACUCACAAAAGACAAGGCAUUGGAAAUAGAACUUGGUAGCUCCCAUGCACUGCAUGAAGAUUGUUCACCUAGCACACUGAUUAGCAGUGGCCUAGAAUUUGAAGAACAACAACGACAUCUUACAGCUGACAAGGUGGGUCUAGGCAUUCAUGCCACAGAUACUCAAGAAGGUAGGCUUGUUCAACACAGUAACAGUCUUCAGUGCCAGAUCAAGGCUUGGGUCAAAGUCCAGGAACUAUACAUGCCAAUGCUUGCAGCCCUACGACAGGACAAGGCCAACAGUGUCAUCACUCCUGAAUCUUUCCAGCUUUUGCUUCCUUCUCAAGUUGGUGGAACCACUACUUGUAACCUCAAAUUUCAGACCAUUGAGUGGAAACUUAGAUAUGCACAAGCUGAUGAUACCCUCCAUUCCCUGCACUCUAAUCUCUGCACACAAACUGCUGUCCUCAAGUACAAGGACUGGAACCUACGUGGUCAAGAUGCCAACACCAGAGUACAUAACACACUCAAAGGGAUCAAUACAAGAAUCAAGGUGACAUUCAGCCAAUAUCAGGAUGCGCGCAAGGUGCUGGUCAUUCUCACUCCCCUCGUCAAGGAGACAGGCUGGCAGUCCUCCCUGUGGCCACUCAAUCAUGAAGAUAUCCAGGGAAUGUCAGAUCUCCUGUGGGGCCAGACUGAGGGAAGGUGCAAGCUGUCUUGGAUUUGGAAUAUGAGGGGUGCACAUGGAGAUGAGUUGGGCAAUGACGAAUCUAUGGAAGACAUGAAAAUCAAAUGGUGCAAAGCCAGGGUGCAUGCAAUGCGGUGGAAGGAGGAGGUUGAGUUGUUGCAGGAGGAGAUGCAGAGGAUCUUGAAGUUCUUUAAUUGGCAAGCCAUGUCUUGGGAUGAGUGUGCGAAUCAGAGCUGGUCCAAGUGUCUUGCAGAAAGAGAAGGCAAGAUUGCAUAUGCUCAGCAUCAAGCAGCUUUGUGUUGUGCUCUGUCAGUUUUCCACGCUGAUUCUAGUGCUCUCAAUAUGGAACAUCCUUAA